AUUUGCUGCUUAUUCUUACGAGAACAUGUGUACACUGAAGCAGAUUAAAUGGGUUUUUCUUCCUUCUUUGACCUUUUUUCGCCGACUGAUUUUGCGUACUGAGUUCUGUUAUUUUUUAGGUUCGGAAUAAAUAUAUGCUUGCGAAGCAUUUGUUCUGUCUUUAUGAACCUGGGUUUUUUUGUUGGACUCAAACCGGCAAAGUCCCCCUUAUGGUAAUUGGCGAGGAGACAGGACCAAGAGUCUUUCGCCCUAUUUGAAAGUACCCAUGUUUUGCCAACUUGGCAAACUCCUUCGGUUUCCUUUAUGAAGUUGGUGAUUCAUAAACAUACCCCUCCUAUUAUCUUUCCUUUUUGAGAAAAAAACGGCUAAUUGUUUUUGUACUUGAUAACAAUACCACAAAUAGAAUAAUAUUUGUGCUAAACUUGCAACGAAAUAAAUGUCAAUCUUGCAUUUGUAAAGUACUAGGUUGACAUCAAAUAUCCAAAUGUUGGAAGGAGUGUAAAUUCAAAUUUAUUUUUUACCUAAAGUUGACUUCAGUAUGGGUGUAGGUUUUCCUUUUCACUAGAUACAUGCUUUGAUCAUGUCUUGUAGUACUUCAAGCACGCUCAUUUGUCUUAUUGACUUCAUUAUUGAACUAACUUUCGUUGUUUGAAUUCAAGCAAGGGUGCAUAGGUGUUAGUGUUCUUUGGACUUCUUUCAACAAUGUGAUCCUUGUGGUUUAAGAGUUUAGUUAUAUUGGGCAAUUUUGUUAUAAUUGUUUAGUGUGAUCCAAGCUUCAUGAUGAUCAAAGAUCUUAUUAUCAAGGCUUGAGUGAAAGAACUUGAAGCACUUAUUUUUGGGGUGGAAUGAAUCAAUUCGAUAGGAAAUGAGUGGGCUGCUUUAUAUUUUAUGGGUUUCAAUACGCACAAUGUACACAGAACAGUGUAGCCGCAAGAUGAGUGUUAAUGGUGGAUGUGUAACGGCUAGAGUAUUUACAAGUCAUAAAUGAGUACGUUGUAAAGUGCAAUGACAUCAGCUAAGCCUAUAAUGUGGAUGGAUGUCUUUAGUAAGCUAUGGCAUGGACUUACUGUAAGCAGAAAAAUAAAAUUUGGUUUGUAGUUUUGUAGAGUGGUAUGUGACAUGAUUAUGCAUCCCGGUGGUUGAUAUUUCCACUGUUGUGAAUAUAGUUUAGAUAUACAUGAUUUGCAUACUUUUCCCAAUUUCUAGAAUAUUUAGUACAUGAUAAGGUGCAAAGUCUGAAUAAAAAUAAGUAUUUAAGGGCUUUCUAACAUUGUAUUCUCGGGUUCAACUAUAGAUUGGGCGAGUAAUUGUAUCUGUUCUAUAUUACAUCAGAUUAUGACAUGCAGUGUUUUUCUUUUGUUAUCAUUCUAUUGAUGAUAUUCAGAGCAUUCACGAACGUCAAGUGCAUGGCCGUAUCUCUGAUGUGUGCCAUUGCAAAGUUUUAAUGAGAGUCAGUUGGAUCUUUACGAAAGUGAUGGUAUUGUGUGAGCUAAGUCCCAGGACUGAUACUUCGACAGAUGGGGACACUGAAGACAAGGCUCUGGGGUUCCAUAGCAGUCAAUCACAUGGGCUUGUGGUUUCUGAUGCCAGCGAUAAGUCGAGGGAUCAAAAGACACUUCGUAGACUUGCUCAGAAUCGUGAAGCUGCAAGAAAGAGUCGUCUGCGGAAGAAAGCUUAUGUUCAACAGCUGGAAAGUAGCAGAAUGAAGUUGACCCAACUUGAGCAGGAGCUUCAGCGAGCUCGGCAGCAGGGCAUCUUCAUUUCAAGUUCAGGAGAACAAUCUCAGUCAAUGAGUGGGAAUGGAGCCUUGGCUUUUGAUGUUGAAUAUGGACGGUGGCUAGAAGAACACAACCGCCGAAUUAAUGAGCUGAAAGGAGCUGUUAGCAAUCAUGCUGGUGAUGGUGAACUGCGUAUCAUUGUUGAUGGCGUUGUGGCACAUUAUGAAGAUAUUUUCAGAAUAAAAGGCGAUGCCGCUAAGGCUGAUGUCUUUCAUGUUCUAUCAGGCAUGUGGAAAACACCUGCCGAAAGAUGUUUCCUGUGGUUAGGUGGAUUCCGUUCAUCAGAACUCCUAAAGCUGCUUAUAACUCAGCUGGAACCUUUGACGGAGCAGCAAUUAUUGGCCAUCGGGAACCUACAGCAAUCAUCACAGCAAGCGGAGGAUGCAUUGUCCCAGGGAAUGGAGGCAUUGCAGCAGUCGCUAGCCGAGACCAUCGCAGGUUCUCUUGGCUCCUCUAAUUCAUCAGGCAAUGUAGCCAGCUACAUGGGCCAAAUGGCCAUGGCUAUGGGUAAACUAGGAACUCUAGAGGGCUUCAUUCGACAGGCUGACAAUUUGCGGCAACAAACCUUGCAACAAAUGCAUCGGAUAUUGACAACGCGACAAUCAGCUCGUGCACUCAUAGCCAUUAAUGACUAUUCCUCUCGGCUUCGAGCUCUGAGCUCAUUAUGGCUUGCACGCCCUCGUGAAUGACAACAAACUGUCGCGGAGGUUGUUGUACUUGUACCAAUUAUACACAAAACAAAAAAAUUGAAAGUUGUCAUGUGCAAGAAAGUAAGGAUUUGAAACAAGCAGGAAAGGAAGGGCAGCAAAUAACAGCUCUUAAGUUCUUGGUGGUAUCUUCUUUCUUCAACCUGCUGUAUCUGUGCUGAGUUGUACCUUUUGUUUAGGUUUGUAUGAAUGAAUGAUGUCACGUAUUAUUAACUUAUAAGUUACAAUAAUUUGGUUGUUUAAUUGAAACCGACAAGAUAGGUACAUUGCGAAUUUGUAGUUUCGUCAUGGCUUUUUAAUGCUAAUGUUUGAAUUUGGUUUGU